GCCACAGUGUGAAAUUUUCUGGUAAAAUUGUAUAAAACAUAUUGGAAAACUGAACUUGUGACAUUUUGUUCUCUGUAUAAACAACAAUUUUGCGAUAUUUCCGUCAUUAUUAGAGCUUUUUUUGUUGGAUUAUUUUUCAGGUACUGUUAUAACAUCUGAAAAUUGAAGCAAAGUUAUUACCGUUACGUAAAUAUUGAAGUAAUGAGUUCUGAACGCGGUCGUGGUGUUUUAAAUACUUUAAAAAAUAAAUUCAGUGAACUGAAUAUUUCAAGGGUGGACCAGGAAUGUCAUCGAAGUUCGAAUUUGGAGAAAACAGCCGCAGAUUAUAUACAUGAAAAUGAAAUGCGUCUGAGAUCAUAUUCUAUGCCUUCACAAAAUAUCUUAGUAAAACCAAUUCAUUUGAAACAUGCAGAGACGAACGUAGCGACAUACGUCUUUGAAAAGGUAAAACAUAAAACUAUUCGACAGUCUGUAAAAUACGACAUGUGUGCAGUAAAUAGCAAUGAAAACGAAUCUCUUUCAGAAGAGUACAUAUUGGAUUGCUUACCUAGUGAAAUAAGACCAAGAACGUCGAGCAUGCCAAACCAAAAUACUUGCCAUAAGCCUACAAAACGGACUCUUCAGCGAUCGCAGUUAAACCUCAAUAUAGUCAGUGUUUCCACUGACAAACCACCUUAUUUGAAGGAUAAGACAAGUAAGUGGGACCAACCUAAAACAUUUGAAAACUUAUACCUGGGUAUGUUUUUCGAGGACGAAAUGCGGACAAGAACCUCCAGUAUGCCAACACGGUCUGUGUUCUCUAAACCGCGUAUACAUCACUUAAGACGGUCUCACCAAGACCUAUUUACAAAACAGGAAACAGAAAUGCAUGGUGUCCGCUCAUUUCAAUUAAACACUAAAGGAAAAAUUGUAAAACGGUCUGAAUCAAGAAGUACGAGAAGCUCAAAUAGUGAACAUUCAUUAGAAGAUGAUUCCCAGCUUGUCUGUAAAAACCUUUCUAGAAAGUCUAGCGUAACCCGUACGCAUGAUUUUCAGGUAUUUGUGAAAGGUUUAACAGGUGUAGGAAAGACGGCGUUAAUGCAGCAGUUUCUCACGGCACAGUACCUUGGGGGUUUUAAUACAAGCUACGAUGGGGAGACAGAAAAAACUGUAAAUGUGCUUCUGAACGGAGAAGAAACAGCCCUGGCCUUCGUGGAAGGAACCGAACACGAGGACGACGCCAGCGAUACUGUUGCUGCAUAUAUGACAGUUUAUGCUUGUGACGACAGGGCAUCUUUUGACAGGGCUGUAGAUAUGCUGUAUAAUCUAAGGCAAAAAGAAAUGAGAAAAAACGUUAUAUUCUUAGUUGGUAAUAAAUCUGAUCUUGUUCGUUCUAGGUGCAUCACGACAGAAGAAGCAAAAGCUGUUGCUAUGACUUACGAUUGCAAAUUUGUGGAGACGUCGGUAGUUUUAAAUGUGAACGUUGAUGAACUGCUCGUCGGCAUUGUAAAACAACUGCAUAUCAAAUCAGCCAAUUAUGAUGAUGACAAGAGUACGGGAUGUGCUUCCUCAAGUAAAUCGUUGCUUACGAAAGUUUUCAAGAAAUACAAUAUUUCGAAGUCGUGUGAAAAUUUGUAUUCUUAAUAUAACUUUACACAAAUAAACACAUUUAAGCUAACCUCUUUAUUGUCAAAGAGAAGAAACUGUUGAUAAGGACACAUACACGUUUUCUUAGUUGUUUUCUACGUACACCAAAAAGGAGGAUCUGGUAGCAUUCUUCACUAUUGUUCAGACGAUUUCAGUCGGUCACUUUCAAAGAUUGAAAAGAUGAUGUCUUCCGUUCUAGCGCACGCUGAAGACCAGGAAGACAAAGCUUCGCAUAUAACAAUGAAAUUUUGCCACGCGGACCUAAAGGUGACAGUUAUUUUGUUGGUCGGCAUGGACAGAAUAGAGCAAAGACGAAAACUCGAAAUGCUUUUCUUGGCAUUUUUCACUUGGCUGCGUGACAGACCAAAAAGACAAACUUGUUUCACGAAAAUGUUUUGCUGGGCGUCUUUUUAGCGCCACUUGCCCGCUCAGAAAAUUAAAAAUAAAAAUCAU